AGGAGUAAGCGCGAACAUGGACGCUACAGAAAGAGUAAACAUCGAUCAAGUACAAGUAGAGAAGGUUGUUAACCGCUGGCUGGUGGAAUAUUACUUUUCUCUGACGGUGGAGUUCUUCAAGAACCAACAAUAUGCGGAUUUUUGUGCUAUUAGAGACGUGCUGGACGAUGUCCUUGAACGUCCCAUUGAAUCUGUUGAUGACAUGCCCUUGAAGAUCAGAUUGUUGCAGUUCCUGUCUCGCAUAAACGAAGGAGAAAAACUUGAUUCGUGGUUUGAACCCGAUCAGUCCAAAACUCCACUGGAAUCGGCCCUAAACUUGCUGGAAAGUAUGAAGGCAAAUUUCCAAAUUCCUCAAGCUGAUUUCGACUAUGUAGCCACAUUACUUAAAGAGAUGAUCCUGGGGAUUUUCAUAAAGAAUGAGGUGUUUGAUAAGGCAAAAGCUGCCCUCACUUUGUACUUUCCCAGUCCAGGCAACAACAAGAGGGCCACAUUCUUGAGACUCAUCUGUCAGAAGUGUAACAAACACAAAGUCAUCGACGAAAUGAACUUCCCACAGUUUAGGAAGGAGAUGCUGCAUUUUUGCCAGAAGCUCUGCCCUUUUACUGUCCCUUUUCUUCAGAAGGCUGCAUUGAGCCUUGUUGAGUCACGAAUUGAAGUUCAACAUGAUGAAGCAGUGAGGAGCGACGAGCAAGAUGAAGCCAGUCCGACAACCAGCCCACAAGUAAACAACUUUCAGUUCAGAUCAAGAAGGUGUCCAUUCAUCCAGAAGAGCAAACUCGAAGCAGCCUACAAAGCCCUGGCUCAGUGCUUAGACGAAAAAACAUUUUCUGACUUGGAGCAAGAAGUGGAGGAAGAAUCUCAGAAAAGAGUGUGCCUCUGCCUGGAGAAACGCAUGGAUUCUAUUCAAGGCGCUACUCAGAGCUCAGAGCAAGAAGCCCUGUUUCAGAGAAAGUCAGUCAGCCCUAUGGAAGCUUCCCCAGCUGACCAAAUGACACAGACAGGCGCAGAGCGUCAAGCGGUAGCGGGGUCCCUCUCAAAGACUCUCUACACGGUGGCCCGGUUUGUGGUCGAGCCGGACAGCCAGCCGAGCUCUCAGUGCACUACAGCUGCUGAUGAGCUGGACAUUGAGACGAGGACAACGGACUCUCCACAGAUGCCGUCUGCAUCAAAUAAAGAGCUGAACGGCCUUCAGUGCUCAGAUUCAGACAUACAACAUUCAAGGCCCAAAAGAAAGCUUCCCAGGCGGGGCAGCAAUACAGUGAGCAGAGCUUCAACUAGUGUCAUUGAAUGCUCAUCAGACAGUGAAGGGGAAUCCCCUGAGAGUGGAAAAAAAGAACUGGAACAGCCGAAUGAGUCAUCCAGCAAAAAAACCAGCAGAUCCAGAGAAGCAUCAGAAAGCAAGGACGAGGAACAGGCACACACAAACGUCUCCAAAACUCCAAAGAAGCGACCGCUCAAAUGGAUAUCCAAGAGUCCUAAAAAAUGUGACCUGAGCAGUGGAGAGCAUGUUUGUCUGUCAGCCAAUUCGUCUUCGUUGGACACGUCGCCUGAUGUGUCCGCUCCUCAUCCUGUCCCUCAGAAGAGCUCCACUCCUCACAAAGAUGCUCAAAGCAAGAUUCCUGUCAUAUCACUUUGGAGAGGACACAAAAAUAUAACGGAGGAAAAGGAGACGUGGAUCGAUGAGGACUCCCUGUUCCCCUCCAUAAAGAAAAGAGGAUCAGGAUCAGGAUCAAAUGAAAGCACAAUCUCACAUUCAGGACACAGAAGGAGAUGGACUGAAAGUGAAACGGAGAACUUAAUCAAAGGGGUCAAGAAGUUUGGCGAGGGGAACUGGAGCAAGAUAAAGGCGUACUACUCAUUUAACAACCGCUCCAAUGUGAACUUGAAAGAUAGGUGGAGAACGCUGAGGAACCAAAAAUUGGUUUAACUAUAUAUUUUUUUACUUUCAUUUUAUUCAGUUCAAUUUAAAACAUUUUAUUAAAACUGUUAAGUUGUUUGAAUCAAAUGUUCCUGUUUAGAAGUUGAGUUUUCUUUUAAACAAGUGGCAAAAAAAAACAAAAACAAAAAAAAAAUAUGGUUUAAUUUGCCUAUUUGUUGCUAAAGGCCUCAUCAAUGCUUAAGCAGUCCUAUUUUAAAGGACUUUUGGAAAAGAAUGGCAGACUACAGCCCUGUGCUUUAAAGCGUCUUGGUUUUCACAGGUAAUAAAUGACCAACAAAUACAUAAAAAGGCCAAUGUUUUUAUUAAACUUGUGAUUGGUAAAGAUAUGAGGAUCCUGGUUCAUGUUAAAAUCCCCAGUUUAUCGUAGAUAAAAUAA